CACAACAACUUCAACAACGUCCCCAAGUCUUCGAGCGCAGUCAGCAGACGGCUUUCUGUUCUUAUUGUUUCAUUAUAACACUCGCUGCAUAGAUUCCACAGUCAUAUCCGUCACUGAACAUGUCACCCCUUGAUAUUUUUCUCUCUGCACCACCAAUCUCGAGAACUCUAGCUGCAGUCGUCUUCUCAUUUUCCGUACUCAUCUACACUCGGGUCAUCCCUUAUGAUCGAUUCGUACUCUCGCUGCCAUCUCUCACCCAACUACCACCAGAAUUAUGGCGAGUUAAAACUUGUCUUCUAAUCACGGGUCCUAACCUUGGAAUAUUUUUUGAUACCUAUUUCUUAUAUGUUUAUGGUGCAAAGCUCGAGAAGGGUCCGCUCAGGUUCUCCCAGCGAGCUGACUUUGUGACCUACAUAAGCUUCAAUGGUGGCAUCAUUGUGAUACUAAAUCUGUUGAUCACUUCUGGUCAGAGAUUGGCAUCCGCUCUUGCUCUAUCUUUCAUAACGACAUCUACUCGCGACUCCUGGGAUGAACCCAUGACUUUGGUCAUCCUCAAAAUGCCAUCACAAUAUCUCCCUUAUGCACUCCUUCUCUUAACACUCAUCCUAGACUCGCCACAAGCAGCAAUGAUCCAAGCUACAGGCCUUGCUGCUGCUUACCUCUACGACCUUCUGACCGGACUUUAUCCCAAUUUUGGCAUCAAACGUAACCUGAUUACGACUCCGGGAUGGGUCAAGAAAAUGUUCGGGACGCAAAAUGUUGUGGAACGACCUUAUGGGACAGCAUCUACGCCUGCGGCUGGAGAGACGGCCUGGGGAUUGGACUUGUCAUGGAAGAGGUUCGGCCCAGGACGUACACUAGGAGGAGAGGGUUCUAGCGAGGUGAGGCAGCGACCAAGAGGUUGUAUACUUGCUGUGUUGGUGACAGGUGCAUUUCUUGUUAUCUGUGGAUUGCUUGGAUGGUUCUUCUUUCAUGGCGCUCAAAGUGGCCCGCUGUCAAUAUUCGGCGUUGACAAGCUGCUGAGUGGCAAGCCGCCACUCGGCGGUGCGGACCCCACUUCGACAACUCCCCAUUAAAUCGUAUUUGGUCAAAGAAUACUGUCUCUUGAGGGAGUUCGGGAUCACUCCCAAAGAUGGCGAAAGAGAUGAUGGUCACGUGUGUAGGAUGGCCUGUAAGUAUAUCUACCUCACCUAGGUAUGGAAAGUCUGCACAAGUCUGAAGGCUCUGGCAUAAGAUCAAAGACUGCAACAAUUGGAAACGGCAUCCAAGCUAUUGGAAUCGACCCCACUGCUAAGAUCUCCCCCCUUAAGCCUUGUUUUUCUCUGCUCAUGGUUGUAGGAACGUGCAUUGAAGAAGGCUUCUGAAGGGGUCAUAAGCUCGCUU